AUGGAAGAGAUUUUAGUUUCUUAGAGAAUGGGACCAUCUGCACUGACUCAAUAAUUAUCAUCUAAAUAGGAAUCCCCUUGUAACUUAAUGCUAGAGGAUGAUUAUCAAUUAGAAAGCCAAAGAGAUAUGAUAGAGAACAAGAGCAUUGAUAUGAAUAUGUCAAGAUUCGAGAGUAAAGUAAUGAAAUAAUAUAAUUAAAGACUGAAUUUAAGAAACAUGCAUAAUUUUUAACAAAUAGAGCACUAAGAACAAUUUAAACAUAAAAAUAAUCUCAUUUUCUGUAAAGCUUCAAAUUAUAGUUACAUGUUCAUCGAUUCAUUAAUAACUUAUUUACUAACUCAUACAUUCUUAGAAAUACUCAGAAAUAAAAAAUUUCUGAUAAGCUACUUGAGAAAUAAUUUAUUUCAUAACAUAGGAAAAAAGGUAUUUAAAUAUUAAUAAUCAAGAUUAUGAAAAUAAAUCAGUUAUUCCUAUAUUCUUACCUUCUACAAAUUCUAUAAUUUUAUGGGAUAUAUUUGGAUUUAUAUGUAAUUUAAUGAUGCUUUGGUUGACUCCAUUUUUGGGAGCCUUUAAUAAUUAUUAUAACGAAACAAUAUCAGUCUUAUAAUAAAUUAUAUUGAUAUAAUUAAUUUUUGAUUUUUUGGCACAAUUUAAUAGGGGAAUAUUUGUAUCUGCAGUUCUGAUAACAAAUAGGAAGAAAAUAAUUAAAUAAUAUUUAAAAUCAAAUGCUUUAUCUGACUUUUUAAGAUUAAUUAUUUGGGGUGAUAUCAAAUAUUAAAUAUUAUUUACUUUUUGUUUUGAAAUAAUAAUAGUUCUAUAAAUAAUAUUGAUAUACUAAAAAAUACUUAGAUAUUUACAAGAAUAUUAUUAUUAAUAUAUAUAUUCAAAAGGAGGAUAAAAUUUUGUUUUAGAUUUAGUUUAGUUAAUUAUUCAAAUAUAUUAUUUUGCACAUAUUAUUGCUUGUGUAUGGCAUUAUGUAGGUGAGAAUACUUAUUAUUUAUAAAAUUCUUGGAUUCUUGAAAAUCAAUUGAAUGAAGAAACAAUAUGGAAUAGAUAUAAUUCAGCAUUUUAUUGGGCAACUAUGACAAUGACAACUGUAGGUUAUGGAGAUUUUUCAGCAAAGAAUUAAAUUGAAAUGAUUGUGUCUUCUUUUAUAAUGUUUUUUUCUAGUUAUGCUUUUGCUUAUACAAUGAGUUCGAUUGGAAUAAUUCUGAAAAAUGUUUAUGAUACUAAAUAAACUUAUAAGUAUAAAUACAAGUAUAAUUAGAAAGAACUUAAUUUAAAUGAUUUAAUAUAUGAGUAAGAAUUAGGUUGAUGAAUCUACUUAAGGAAGAAUAAGAAAUUAUUUAAGAUUUUAAUAAGCUUAAGAAAAGAAAGAGAAUUAAGAUGAAAUAGCAAAUAUUAUUAAUCAAUUACCUAAGAAUUUAUAACAAGAUUUAAAUUAAGAUAUAUAAUCUAGAGUUAUUAAAAAAAUGAAACUUAUAAUAAAUCAUUUCUCUAAAUAUACAUAAUAAUAGGUUGCAAAAAACUUAGAGUUAAUAUAAUUCAUUCCUGGAGAUUUCAUUUAUAAAUAAGGUGAUUAACACGAAGAUAAUUUGUAUAAUUUUAAUUUGAUUUAAGAUAUUUCUUAUCAACGGGAGAUGUUAUAUUAAUGGAAUGUCAAACUGAAUAAAAUCUUAGAUCUGUCAAAAAUUCAUAAUAUUUAGGAUAUUAUUCUUUUUUUACUGGGUUCUCUCCGAAAGAAACUGCUAUUUGUCAAAGCCCAAGUGAACUAUAUAAAAUCAGUAGAAAGAAAUUCCUUGAUAUAAUUCGUUAAAAUUAAAAAGAUUUUGAAAUAUUCCAUCAUAUCAAAGAGAAGUUGAUAUUUUCAACUAAUUAUGUCCUUUUUGAUCAUAAAUGCAGCUUUUGUAAUAGGUAUAUACAUUAAGAAAUUGAUUGUCCUUUAAUUUAAUAUAAACCUGAUUUAGAAGCUAUUUUAAAAAAAGAAAACUUUAAUCAAAUUCUAAAUCUUAGAAGAUAAGUAAUCAGAACAAAGAGAAAACAUCAUGCAUUAGGUUAACAUCAACCAAUUUCAUAAUAACUUAAAUUAUAUCAAUAAGAUAAUCAAUUUUGUGAAGAAUCAGAUUCUGAUUAAGAAGGAAAGUUUGGAAAUUAAAAAUCAUUUUUUUCAGAACAAUAAAGAAGUUCAUCUUAAUUAUUAUAAUCCGAAGAUGAUGGACAUUUUGAAAAUACUCCACCUAGAUAAAAUCAAAAAAGAGCUACUUAACAUUAUGGUCCAUUAAAAUUAUAAAAAAGUAAUAUUAUAUUUAAAAAAAUUAGUGUCAUCUUUUUCAAAAUAGAAAUUAGGAUAAGUUGAAUAGAAAACAUCUUAAAGGAGAAUGCUUAUAUAAAAUGAAGAGUAAAUUGCAAUAAAAAAUUAUUGCAUGAUUGAGGAAGUGUAAUUAUUAUUAUAAAAAUAAUUUAAACCCUCUUUUAAUUUGGAUAAGGUAUGUAAUACUUUUCGAAGUUAUAUGCCUUAAUAUACUAUUGAAUCAUAAAUUAAAGAAGUUCAAAAAGUACAGAAGAAAAAAUAAAGAAGAUUUUGGAAGUAGAAUGAAAAACUUGGAAAAUAUACUUUCUCUAAUAAUGUAAAAGUUUUGACUCUUAAAAUACUUAAUUAAGGCAAAUAAAUAAACAAAAAUGUUAAUUGA